CAGGGGCGGGAAGGAGGAGGUGCUUGGGUGUGCGGGGGCCGGGGGGCACACCCAAACCCCGGUAUCGCAACUGCUUGUGUAGCUGUCUCACGGUCAUCAUCUCCCUCUGCUGUGGCACCGGCCAGCUGCUGCUUGCCUUGGAAUCAUGUCAGGUUUGGAGAUCCCGCUUGCUCUGGGCGCAUUGGCCGCUCUGAGGUUGACUGCGAGCCUCGUCAAGGCUAGGUUCAAAAUGCUGGGGCGCGGUGAGGACGAGAGCGACGUCGUCCUGAAGGCUCGGCAAAAAUCAACCCUGGAGAAGCACAGCGAAGAGGUUUCUCGUGAGGUGCGUGAGGAGCACGAGCGGUACAAAGGAAAGUUCGGUAAUCUGUGCCAACGCUUUCACGGCACCUCCUGCAACGAAGGGUGCAACUUCAUGGUCGACCCACAGGGUGGACAAGCCCCGUGCGGGAAGAGCAGCUGUAGCGUCUGCAACAUCUGCAAGCUAGGCUUCAAGCUGGGAGCCAACGUCGCCGGCACGGCCCGGGCAACCGGUUUUCCGCUUCGGUACGGGGAGGGUGUCUACUUGACGAGCGUGUCCGGCAAGGCGAACGACUACGCCUCGCGCUCGGCCAAGAAAAUCGGCAACGACUCGGAGCUGAGGUGCAUGUUCGUCGCCAACGUCGCCGUGGGAAGAACGUUCAAAACCAAGAGUACCAGCCUCCCGGCAAACCAGUGCCCGCCUCCUGGGUACCAAUCUGUGGUGGGAGAGGUGGGCCGAGGGCUGAACUUCGACGAGUUCGUGGUGUACGAUGAGGAGGCCGCUCUGCCAACUCACCUCAUCGUGUAUGCUCUUCGGCACUGAUCACUAGGAGCUCAAACCUGUGAGGGGCGUCAUGUACAAGUCGUCCUGAUGUACGGUGCACGUCGAACACCAAGAGGGACGGUGGUGUACGCUCUGGGGUUGCGAGGGCGCGGCUCGCCUUCACCUGCCAUGUUAGGGUUUCGGUUUAGCAACAACCGGCGUCCAAUGCUUUGGGUGCCAUGAGCGAUCGGAAUUAUCUUCCGAAGUGAUGCUGCUGCUUUGCAAGGGACUUGUUUUGCAGGAGUAGUCGGACACGCGUGUCGGUGUUGGUGCUCGUGUAGGGGUGU